GCGGCGGUGGCAGAGGCGGUGAGGCUGCGGGCUGGGAGCUGGACUCCGGCUCCCAGUGAGCGGAACCCCUCGCGGUGCUGAGCCCACCGCCGGCCCCGGAGCCAUGGAGAUCGGCACCGAGAUCAGCCGCAAGAUCCGGAGUGCCAUUAAGGGGAAAUUGCAAGAACUAGGAGCUUGUUGGCUUCACGGUGUAUUAGAUAAACUUCGUUCUGUAACAACUGACCCCUCUAGUCUAAAGUCUUCCGAUACCAACAUCUUUGAUAGUAAUGUACCUUCAAACAAGAGCAGUUUCAGUCGAGGAGAUGAGCGAAGGCAUGAAGCUGCAGUGCCACCUCUUGCAGUUUCUAGCACUAGACCUGAAAAAAGAGAAUCUAGGGUUUCUACAAGUUCACAGGAGCAGAAAGCCACUAAUGUCAGACAGACUUACGAUGAUGGAGCUGCAACCCGACUAAUGUCAACAGUGAAACCUUUGAGGGAGCCACCACCCUCUGAAGGUGUGAUUGAUAUUAAGCCAGAACCAGAUGAUCUCAUCGAUGAAGACCUCAAUUUUGUGCAGGAGAAUCCCUUAUCUCAGAAAAAACCUACAGUGACACUUACGUAUGGUUCUUCUCACCCUUCUAUUGAAAUUUAUCGACCACCUGCAAGUCGAAAUGCAGACAGUGGUGCUCAUUUAAACAGGUUGCAGUCUCAACAGCAGCAAAACAGUAUUCAUGCUGCCAAGCAACUCGAUAUUCAGACUAGCCGGAUAUAUGAAACAGGACGUUUGUGUGAACCAGCAGUGCUUAACAGCUUAGAAGAGACUUAUAGUCCCUUCUUCAGAAACAGCUCAGAAAAGAUGAGCAUUGAGGAAGAAAACUUUCAGAAGAGAAAGUUGCCUGUGGUAAGUUCAGUUGUUAAAGUAAAAAAAUUCAGUCAUGAUGGAGAAGAGGAGGAGGAAGAUGAUGAUUGUGGGUCCCGUACAGGAAGCAUCUCCAGCAGUGUGUCAGCGCCAGCGAAACCUGAACGGAGACCUUCACUUCCACCUUCCAAACAAGCUAACAUGAAUCUAAUUUUGAAGGCUAUAUCUGAAGCUCAAGAAUCCGUAACAAAAACUAACUACUCUGCAGUCUCACAGAAACAGACACUUCCAGUUGCCCCCAGAACUCGAACUUCUCAAGAAGAAUUGCUAGCAGAAAUGGUCCAGGGGCAAAGCAGGGCCCCCAGAAUAAGUUCCCCCAUUAAAGAAGAGGAAACAAAAGGAGAUAAUAUAGACAAAAGUCAAGGAACUCAGCAGAGGCAAUUGUUAUCCCGACUGCAAAUUGACCCAGUAAUGGCAGAAACUCUGCAGAUCAGUCAAGAUUACUAUGACAUGGAAUCCAUGGUCCAUGCAGACACAAGAUCAUUUAUUCUGAAGAAGCCAAAGCUGUCUGAGGAAAUAGUAGUGGCACCAAACCAAGAGUCGGGGAUGAAGACUGCAGAUACCCUUCGGGUACUUUCAGGACACCUUAUGCAGACACGAGAUCUUGUACAACCAGAUAAACCUGCAAGUCCCAAGUUUAUAGUGACGCUGGAUGGUGUCCCCAGCCCCCCAGGAUACAUGUCAGAUCAAGAGGAGGACAUGUGCUUUGAAGGAAUGAGACCCGCACACCACACUGCAGCCUCACACGAGGGACUCGCGGGUCUCCUCCACCCACAGCAGUUGCAGUUGCUGAGCAGGCAGCUUGAGGACCCAGAUGGUAGCUUUUCAAAUGCUGAGAUGAGUGAACUGAGUGUGGCACAGAAACCAGAAAAACUUCUGGAGCGCUGCAAGUACUGGCCUGCCUGUAAACAUGGGGAUGAGUGUGCUUACCAUCAUCCUGUGUCACCUUGCAGAGCCUUCCCCAAUUGUAAAUUCGCUGAAAAAUGUUUGUUUGUUCAUCCAAAUUGUAAAUACGAUGCAAAAUGUACUAAACCAGAGUGUCCCUUCACUCAUAUGAGUAGAAGAAUUCCAGUACUGCCUCCAAAACCAGCAGUUACAACACCAGCACCACCUUCUAGUAGUCAGCUCUGCCGUUACUUCCCUGCUUGUAAGAAAAUGGAAUGUCCCUUCUAUCAUCCAAAACACUGUAGAUUUAACACUCAGUGUACAAGACCUGACUGUACAUUUUAUCAUCCCACCAUUACUGUACCACCACGACAUGCCUUGAAAUGGAUUCGACCUCAAACCAGUGAAUGGCACCCAGUGCUACCUGGCAGAAGGCUAUGAAGUUUGAAAGUUUCCAUUACUAAUGAAAGACAUUCUACAGAAUUUGUCAAAUCUUUGAAACUUGGAAUAUAUUGCUUUCAUAAUAAUGAAGUUUAUUGCCUAUC